UCCUUCCCUCCCUUCUUCUUCUCAAAGUUCAUACAUGGGUUCAACAAGAUCGAGCUUCCUUGCUUCCCUCCUCUUCAUUGGGGCUCUCCUCCAUGCUGCUGCCGCCGUCGACCACCGUGUCGGAGGCGAUUUUGGUUGGAACCUACCGCCAACACCCACCUUCUUCUCUGAAUGGGCUACCAAUACCACUUUCUCUGUGGGCGACACACUAAGGUUCAAUUCAAGUGCCAAUCAAACCCACAACUACGCCAUGCCCGAGUCUCAAGCAGAGUUUGACGGAUGUGUGAAGCCAGGAAUAUUUUUCGAGAAUGUAAUUUUUGUUACCUUUGAUCGUCCUGGUCGUAAAUACUUUAUCUGUAAUGUUGGCAACCACUGCAAUUUGGGCAUGAAAUUUGCCGUCGACGUUUUGCCUAGCCCUGGAAUGCCGCCCAACUCUGCUCUCAAAAUUGGUGCAGUUCCUACCCUGUUCAUGAUCACCACCAUCCUGCCCAAUUUGUUGUUCUUCAUUUGAGUUAUACAUCACAGUGAUCAAUCAACAGAUAUUUCAAUAAUGAGUAAUACAUUUUCAUUUUCAUUGGCUUUCCUUCACAAAUUGCUUACAAGUUACAAAGAUCUAUAUUACUACUACCUUCAUUCAGCAACAAAAGGAUGUUUGACUAACAGCCAAGUGGGUCUUCUUUUGUAUGGACUUCUGAUCAAACACCUUUUUACAAAA